GCUUGAAGCGGAAGGUCAACACAAUCAUGGCGUGGAGAGGAUACGCGAUAAAAUGGGCCAAAACAGAGUUCGUGAGAUCCCAGAACACCACUCCACGAAGCUCCAGUCUUAACCCCUACAACCAGCAGAGGUGUGGAUUUCGUCGGGAGGCCAAAAGGCCAGACAUAAAGAAAAAAAAUGCCACGCAGGAAACAAACACCUCAGCCACUGAGGCUGGCACCCCGGUGCCCCAGCCACCUCCUAAAGUCCCCAGGCCGACACUUUUCACACCGCUGAUGUUCACAGUAGGGUUUACAGGCUGCUCCUUUGGUGCGGCGGCCAUUCUCCAAUAUGAGAGUCUAAAGUCAAGACUUCAGACUGCAAAAGAUGAAGAGAAGUCAGAAAAAGGCAUGCAGGGCACCCAGGACAUGGCAUACUGGCACGACUGGUGGAACCAGCUGUCCAGCUUCCAGCGACAGCUCAUUCUCCUGGUGUCCAUGGUGGAUGACUUCUGGAACAGCCUCACAGAGGGACAGAAGACUGUCACUGGUAUUAUCGCACUAAAUGCCGCGGUCCUCUGCUGUUGGCGGAUCCCUUCAAUGCAGAGAAGUAUGCUUAAGUACUUCACAUCCAACCCAGCUUCCAAAACACGCUGCCUUCCCAUGGCCCUGUCCUCCUUCAGUCACUACUCCAUCAUCCACAUGGUGGCCAACAUGUAUGUCCUAUGGAUAUUCUCCUCAGGGAUCGUCUCUCUUUUGGGGAAAGAGCAAUUUCUUGCAGUUUACCUGUCUGCUGGUGUGGUUUCCACUAUGGUCAGUUACACAUGUAAAGCAGCCACCGGGCGUCUCUAUCCAUCAUUAGGGGCGUCCGGCGCCGUCAUGGCAGUGCUCGCUGCUAUCUGCUCUAAGAUGCCAGAGGCCAAGCUUGGCAUAAUCUUCCUUCCCAUGGUCACUUUCACAGCAGGAACAGCUCUGAAAGCGCUAGUUGCCAUUGAUACAGCAGGACUUCUGUUGGGAUGGCGGCUGUUUGACCAUGCAGCUCACCUUGGCGGAGCCCUCUUUGGAGUGUGGUAUGUGGCAUAUGGUCAUAAACUCAUCUGGAGGAAGAGGGAGCCCCUUGUGAAGUUGUGGCAUGACAUUCGUUCACCAGGCAGCCGAGGUUCCAGGCCUGGACGUGGACCCGGGGGUGGUGGACCAACAUCAUAAGUCCCUGAAAUUCUUUGUGAAAGAACUGGAACCCAUUCAAAAGAAUAUGCAAGGACACUUUUAUCCAAUGACAUGGAGUGGACUGUUAUUAGUAAAUAAAUCUAGUUUUCACAUCCAAAGUUAGUAAAGAGCAUUUGCUGAUUUAAUGCCUUGCAAACUUGAAAUUUAAAAGCAGGUGAAACUUCAUAUCUAGCGUUGCAGUCGAGAUGUUUACUUUGUAGACUUUAAGCACCUGUUAUGCUACCGGUAAUCUGUAACUCUGCUACCUCAUUUAGCCAUUUUCCACCAAUGCUUUGCCAAAUCUCAAACUGGUUCUACACAUUUACGCCAACAAAGAAUGGUGGCACCACAAAAAUCAGUGAUUUCAGAAGCAAUGGGAAUAUUACUGCAAGUAAUUUACCACUAAUUUCCAAAUGUAGCAUUCAGAUUCGGCCCUGUGUGACACUAACGUCUGAUAUAGUAUUCAAAAUUUCAGUUCUGACACUUGCCAAAAUAUGGCCAUCGACCAGCACCAGACUAGGCACAUUACUGGUGGAAAACAGGUGUUAGUAAUCCAAAGAAAAACCUUAAUGGCCAUGUUUUUGUGUUCAUGUUGUUCUGGAACACUGCAUUAGCCACUAGACAAAAGAACAAAAAUUCCACAUUAGAAAACAAAGAAUUUUAUUGUCUCAUCCUUUUCCUCUGUUAACGCUCUCAUUCAAACUAUUAGCAUAUCCAAUGAUUUAGGAUAAAUGGGCACUCCCACGUAUACCUACUAAUGUAACUAAUUCAUUUGGUAACAAAUCUUUAUCAGUGCCCCCUAUUACAGUAAAAAGUUUCCAAGUCACUUUUUUUUUUUUUAAACCCUGCAGUUUAACUAUAUUGGUUAGAAAUAUUUUCCUCACAGCAGGGUAAUAUGUUUAAAAUUAAAGCUGUGACAAAACUAUUCAUGACAAUAUAAGUUUUAUUGGAAGCAUUUGAUUUAUAGUUGGCACAUAUGAGAAUUUGGAACAAAGAUACCACGACUCAUGGUGCCAAAACACACUUAGUUAAUUCUUCAGAUGCCGACAUCUCCAGAUUACUACCUGAACUCAUACAGUGGGGAAAGUAUUUCACCCCCUGCUGAAUUUGAUGGGUUUUUUUUUUCCUGGUUGAUAUUCUGUCUUUCUCCAUUAAAAUACCACUGCCAUAGAAAA